GAAAUAACCAAGAUUCUAUUUAGUUUGUGUGUUACACAAAUAGAACAGUUUAUUGAUAGCAUUUGCAGGAUUCGCCAUUUUUUAUUCCUUUUCCAAUAUUUUAUCAAUAUAGUAUUACUACGAACGUAUGUUAGUGUCUACGUACGUAUAUUAGUCAUUACUAGGUUACAAUGAAUUAAUUAAAAAUGUGACGUGAAGUUCUUUACAUAAAAACUUUUUGGAAGUGAUGUGUUGUUAAAGUGACUGAAUAUUGUUUUUCCAAUAAUGCCUAAUCGCCAUUUAGGCAAUAUACCGGAAGGCGAGGCUAGCAAGUAUUAUAGCUUGCCUCGCCUUAAACGCAAGGAAACAUGGAGGAAAAAGGGGCUGGACACAUGGUUCGGGCGGCCGAAGAAGACGGGCGGUGGGAUCGAGCGCGGCUACGAGACGGUGCCGCGGGGGGCGGAGCCGCGCGCUGAGGACGACGAGCCCUCCGCCACCGCGGAGUACACCAACAAGAUCGAUGCCCUCGAUGACAACCAGCUUCAACGAAGAUUUGAGGAAAUGCUGACCGAUAUGAAUAUCAGUGAGGAGAAGAAAGAACCGUUAAGAAAAUACUCAAGGGAUCAAAAGAAGAAAAUGUUAGUUGCCUACAAAUUUGUUAAUGCACAGGAAGGUCGUUCAAAGUUUGAAAAGCCAUCUGACUAUGUGUCAUAUCUAAAUCAACCGGAGCUAUCAGUGGGCAAGCUGCAUGGCUGCUUGGAGAACUUGAGGAUAGCUCUCACAAAUAAUCCGUUGUCAUGGAUACAGGAAUUUGGCACCAAAGGCAUCGAGAGUCUACUUACCACACUUAAUAUAUGUUAUACAAACGAUGCUCGUUACGAUCGUGUGCAGUACGAAUGCAUCAGAUGUUUAUCUGCCAUCCUUAAUAAUACCGUUGGCAUACGAACUGUGUUCGAAUGUCGGGAGGCGCUGCCCGUACUCGCGCGCAGUCUUGAUGCGCGCAAACCGCACUGUGCAUUGGAAGCGGCUAAGGUGCUGGCAGCCAUUUGCCUUAUCCCCAAUGGGCAUGAGAAAGUGCUGGAAGCGAUCACGAUGGCGGGCGAAUCGAGCAGACGUCCGCGGUUGCUGCCCAUCGUGGAAUGCUUGGAUAGUAAAUCUCCUGAGAGUUUAAAGAAUGGAUGUAUGCAACUUAUGAAUGCUAUAAUCACAGAGCCGGAAGAAUUGGAAUUCAGGAUGCACUUACGGAGCGAGUUUAUGAGAACUGGGCUCUAUGAUCUUAUUGACGAAUUGCGAGCGGCGGCAGAGGGCGCCAGACAGAUCCAGAUGAAUGUUUUCGACACACACGCCUCCGCGGACCAGGACGAGUUUCUAGCCAAGUUUGAUGACGUCAGAGUUGACUUCAAUGACCCCAACGAAUGUUUCGAGCUGGUGAAGAACCUGGUGAUGGACACACCGGCUGAACCCUACCUGCUGUCCAUAUUACAACAUCUACUCUUCAUACGAGAUGAUGAGUUAAUAAGGCCGGCAUAUUACAAGCUGAUAGAGGAAUGUGUGACUCAGAUAGUGUUACAUAAAAACGGCUACGACCCAGACUUCCGCGCGACGCAGCGGUUCAAUAUUGACGUACAACCCCUUAUUGAUGGAUUAAUAGAGAAAUCUCGCGCGGAAGAAGAACGUAAGAUAGAGGAAUUGAAAGGCAAGCUGGAGGCGGCGAUCGCGGCCAGGCAGGAGGCGGAGGCACGCGCCGCCCACCUGGAGGACCGCCUCAAGCAAGCAGCCACGCCCACCGGCCCGGGCGGCGUCUCGCAAGGCAACAUCGCUGCUAUCGCCAAGGCGAUCGGCAGUCCCGGAGGACCACCACCGCCGCCUCCGCCUCCGAUGCCAGGAGGAUGCGGUCCACCUCCACCUCCACCUCCGCCGAUGCCUAAAGGAGCAGGUGGUCCUCCGCCUCCGCCUCCGCUGCCGGGAAUGGGUGGUCCUCCUCCGCCCCCGCCUCCGCCGGGCUUCGGACCGCCGCCUCCGCCUCCCAUGAUGGGAGGACCUCCUCCGCCCCCGCCCUUCGGAGGUCCUGCCGCGCCUAGAAUGCCCCAACCAGACAUUUUACCUUAUGGUUUGAAACCUAAAAAGAAGUGGGAAGUGGAAGGUCCACUGAAGCGAGCCAACUGGAAGACAAUUAUACCACAAAAGAUGUCAGAGAAAGCAUUUUGGGUUAAGGUCCAAGAGGACAAACUUGCGUCUCCAGACAUCCUAACCGGCUUGGCGCAAAAAUUCUCAAGCAAACCUGUCGCUAAGAAGAACGAAGAUGCGGUCGACAAGGUGCAUACAUUGAAGAAGGUGAAAGACCUGAAGGUCCUGGACAGCAAGGCUGCACAGAACCUGUCCAUCCUGCUGAGCGGCAGCCUUAAACAUAUGUCCUACGAUCAUAUCAGGACAUGUGUGCUCCGAUGUGAUACAACUGUGCUCACAGCUGAUGUACUGGAUCUGUUAAUACAGCACAUACCUCCAGCGGAUCAACUAAAAAAGCUAUCAGAGUUGAAAUGCAAGAGCGAGGAGCUGACGGAGGCGGAGCAGUUCGCCGCCACUGUAGCUGAUGUGAAGCGGCUCGUGCCCCGCCUCAGGAGUCUGGCCUUCAGGGAACACUACUCUGAGCUUAUAUCUGAAGUUAAACCGGAUAUAGUAUCGGGCACUGCGGCGUGCGAAGAAGUCAAAUCAAGCGGCAAGUUCGCCAAGAUAUUGGAGCUCUUGUUACUACUUGGAAACUAUAUGAAUACGGGCUCAAAUAAUGCUGGUGCAUACGGUUUUGAAAUAAGCUUCCUCACUAAGUUGACUGCAACAAAAGAUCUGGAAAAUAAACAAACACUUCUACAUUAUCUAGUCGAAACGAUAGAAAGCAAGUUCCCUGAUGCUUUAACAUUUGCGGAGGAAAUGCCUCACAUAGACAGGGCGGCGAGAGUGUCUAUGGAAAAUGUUCAGAAAGCACUCAAGAAGAUGGAAAACGAUAUAAAAGCAUUGGAAAUGGAUCUGAACAACGCCCGCGUACCGCAGAGUCCAGACGACUUAUUCAAUGAGAGCAUGGGCUCAUUCGCUGUGGAGGCUCGCGAGCAGUGCGACCUGCUGCACUCGAUGUUCCGCAAGAUGGAGGCGCUGUACGGCGAGCUCGCAGAGUACUACGUCUUCGACCCGCACAAGUACACGCUUGAGGAGUUCUUCUCUGAUAUCAAGACCUUUAAAGAUUCAUUCGCUGCUGCGCACCAAGAGAACGUGGUGGCGCGUGAGACGGAGGAGCGCGCAAGACGAGCGCGUGAGGCGCGCGCGACUGCGGAGCGCGAGCGCAGGGACCGUCAGCACAGAUACAAGCAGUUUGUUGACAUGGAGCGCGCGCAGGACGGCGUCAUGGACAGUUUGAUGGAGGCGCUGCAGAGCGGCUCUGCGUUCAGUAGAGAGCGGCCGCGGAAGAAGGCCAACCCGAGAGUCGCAGGAGCUGAACGACGAGCCCAGCUGAGCAGGUCGCGGUCACGAUCCGGUCUCACCGGACCGCUCACCUCGAGAGAACUCACUAAUGAGCUGCUGAGCAACGCGUGAUGUCCCAUACAGUGAUAUUAGUACUCUAAUAUAUUUAGUUAGUAAGCGCUUAUAACAUAUACUAUUGUAUAUUUAUAUCUUUAUAUGUAUGCCUUGUGAUGUGAUAACUAAGAGGUUAAGUCAAACUGCGGUGCAUUGAGAAAAAAACGUAAAAAAACUUAUGAAUUUUAAAUUAAUGAAAAAAUAGGAAAGGAAUUUCAGGUUAAUUUUAAAUAU